AUGUUACGGGAUAACGAGUUCAUCAUGGCUUUGCAGGAGAACCCUGCCCAGUCUCUUCCCCCUGACUGCAAGAAGGUGUUAACGGGGGUUGCAUCUGCCUUUAUCCCCGAUAUCAGCGAACUUCCCCGGAAGAAGAGCAAAGCUAGCGAUGGUAGUUCAAGCCAGACGGCCAGAGACAAGGGAGUAGGUGGCGGCGGCAAGAAGAACGCAAAGAGCCCCUUCGUCACUAUCCUGCGCCUCCAAGAGCUAGCGCUUUCACCCGUCGUCCAAGCCCACCUCGACACCAACAAGACUGACGCUCAGUCAUUCUUCUACUCCAAAGAACUUGUCAACAACGUCCAAAACUACAGCAAAGACUCGACCGGUGAGGCAAUGAUCAUUCAGUACCAAUACACCAAGACCGUCUCUCGUCAGCUUGGUCUUAACAGCAUUCGAUGGCUCUUCCUUAUGCUCAUGUGGCACGAUCUCGUUAAGCUUGCACGUCCCGACUGUACCGGCAACCGGAUCGGCCAUCUUAUGAAGGUUCACCUUCUGGAACUCAUCAAACCUGUGUACGCUAGCAGCUCAGACAUGCAAAAGCUCGCUAUAGAAGAGGUGGCAGAUGAGUUGCAUGCUUGGUGCAAGUUCGGAGCCAAAAUUAACAUUCUUGUGGAGAACUUCGGCGAGGGUUGCGUCUUCUACCUGCAUAACAUUCUCUCUCCAAACUUCCUCUCCGACAAGAUGACAGCUUCUGGUGGAUACUAUGUUGAAGCUAUCACCUAUCUCCAAGACUCUCUACAUAUUACAAAGUUGCUAGAUGAUAAUCCGCCAGUAGUCACGCUCGGCCGCAACAUUCGAAGAUACCUUGUCCAACCUUUUAGAGAGUCAAAAAAACAGAUGUAG